AUGAAGAUAGCCAGCUACGUGUUUUUCGAUAUAGAAACGACAGGUCUGCCGUACCAAGAGCGCAACCAAACCAAAAUUACAGAACUCAGUUUCGUCGCCGCUUCGCGUAAUGAUUUGGAAAAAGCUUCCAUUGGCAAAAAGCCCUACUUUAGCAAACUGAUACUUUUGUUUAACCCACAAAGAAGGAUACAUCCAGACUCAUCUGCUAUUACAGGAUUAACUAACGAAAUGCUGAAAAAUGCCCCAAUUUUCAGAGAUAUGGCAGAGACAAUAAUUUCAUUCUUAAGUGAGUUGCCUAAACCAGUAUGCUUGAUAGCGCACAAUGGCAAUACAUUUGAUUAUAAAAUACUGUUAGCUGAAUUCAGAGAUAUUAAUAUGUCACUACCUACGGAUUUGUUAUGUGCCGACUCUUUGAUUGGAUUCAGAAGAUUACACAAAGAGAAAUACCCAAAGGUAUCUUCUAACUCAACUUUUGAAGAUUCAAAAGGCAGUGAUAAUUGGCAAGAUUUCAAUGUAAGUUCAGAAGAUUGGAAUGAAAUAGACAUACUAUGCUCAUCUCUGUUAGACAUGGAUCCUUUUGUUUCACCACAAAGAAGUGGAAACAACACCCCAUCACCUAAGAAAAAGGAAAAUGUGCAAGAAAAACUUAGUUUUAAAUUGACCGAUUUGUAUGAAAGGUUACUAAAUAAGAAAGUUGCUAUUGCUCAUAGAGCUGAAGAUGACUGCAUGAUGCUUUUAGAAUGUGUUGUUGCUGCAAAAGAGUUUUUAAUCUGGACUGAUAAACAUUGUAAAAGUAUUCAUGAUAUUAAGCCUUUGGUGCGCUAUGGAUGA